UAUAGGGUUCGUUUGGGCAUCAAGAAAUUGUUUAACUACAACGAAAGACUAUACAAGCCUUAUACAGAGAUCAUAAAGCAACGUUGGGAUCAACAACUAAAGAAAAGCAUUCAUUCAGCAGCUUAAUGGUUGAAUCCAUGUUUCCAAUAUGAUCAGGAAAACUUUUGUAAUAAGCCAAAUGUUAUUGGAGGUGUCAUGGAUGUUAUUGAUCAAAAAGUUCUGAAAUGCAAGCUUGAAACAAUGAAUGAAAUGAAGUUAUUUCGUGAUCGAUUGGGAAGUUUUGGAAGAGAACUUGCUUAUUCUUCAUGUGAAGUACUUCAACCUGAUGAAUGGUGGAGGCUACAUGGAUACAGUGCACCACAUUUGCAAAAGUUAGCCAUUCUAAUAUUGAGCCAAACCGCAUCGUCUUCUGGAUGUGAAAGGAAUUGGAGUGUCUUUGAACGUAUACAUACCAAAAGAAGGAAUAGAUUGGAACAUCAAAGGCUUAAUGAUCUUGUAUACGUUCAUUAUAAUUUGCGCUUAAAAAAUCGGUUCUAUAACAAGAAAAGAAUCUAUGAUCCAAUUGACUAUGCAUGCAUUGAUGAGACCAAUUUUUGGGUAGUUGAUGAUGAUCAACCAGCAGAGUUAGAUGUUGAAGAAUUGGAAAAUCUUCUAUAUGAAGAAGGGUCAAUUCCAAUAAAUGAAGUGGAAGGUUCAAGUUCUCACAUUGGUUAG